AUGCCGAAUGCUGCAGUUGGCAGAACAUAUAUCGUCGAGACUCGAGUUGCGGCGUCCGAUGAUGAGCCAGCAUCAAGGAAGGACAGGCCCGGGGAGGGCCGUGUUCAGAACUACCCGACAAGCUUACAAUCAACGCUGGGGUGGACGGUUGCUGGGUUGGCCUCCCUCUCGACCGCCCAGAUCACCUUCUCCCCCGGCCCCUCCUACGGCGUGGCCAUCCCCUCCGGCUCCUCCAUCUCCGCUUCUUCUACCGGACCCCUCUACGUCCGCCUGUCCGCGCCCACCACAUACCAAUGGGUCGCACUGGGCACCGGCGCGCAGAUGGCGGGCUCGACCAUGUUCGUCAUGUAUGCCGACGGGGCCGGAAACGUGACUAUCAGUGGGCGGAAAUCGAGCGGCCACUCGCAGCCGAAGAUGGACAGUACCAUCCAGGGCGGCCUGACGCUGCUGGAGGGUAGUGGCAUCGUGGACGGGAACAUGGUGGCCAAUGUGAAGUGCACAACAUGUACCCUCGACUCGGAUGCCUCCUCCUCCUCCUCUCCUUGGAUCGCGGCAUGGAGUAUGGGUUCCGCCCUGGACAGCACAUCGACCUCUGCGAACAUCAAUCAGCACGGAGGUUCAAGUACCGCCCAGGUGCAGUUGGAUCUGGCUGGGCAGGCUACUAUUGCUUCGGACUCCAACCCCUUCAUCUCGAGCGCAGCAGGGGGCUCAUCUGGCACUUCCGGGGGCUCUACCACGGGAACUGGUAACUCGGGAGGCGUAAGCUUCGGGAACUCGAACUUCGGCGCCGUCGCCGACUACCAGAAAGCACACGGCAUCAUCAUGGGCGUCGUGAUGGUCCUACUGUUCCCGUUCGCGGCCAUGUUUAUCCGCAUGGGUGGUAACGGGAUGGUGCAUGCGAUCCUGCAGAUGUUGAACUUGUGUGCGUUGAUCGUGGGAUUGGGACUGGGCGUUAAGCUGGCGGAUAUGACACACGUAGUAGGUUCUCCUUUCUCCAAGAGACAGUGGUCUCCUCCUCCUGGCUUCGAUCCUUCUUCCAUCCCGGGUUUUGGGAAUGGCAGCGGAGGCGCUGGGGGUAGUGGCAGCGGAGGGAGCAGCACUGGGAGCAGCGGGAAUGGGGCGAGCAGCAGUACGCUCGGGGGAGCUGCUGGCGCAUCCAGAGCGGGGAGAUUGGGAAUCGAGAAUCUCAGCAGCACGCACACCAUCUUCGGCGUCGUCAUCGUCGUCCUCUUCCUCAUCCAGCCCAUCUUCGGCAUCAUCCACCACAUGCAGUACAAGCGCAACCAGGCCCGCGCCCCCGUCUCCCACCUGCACAUCUGGUACGGCCGGGUCAUCAUCCUGCUGGGCGUCAUCAACGGCGGGCUGGGCCUCAAGCUCGCGCGCAACUCCCCGAACGGAGUCAUUGCCUAUAGCGUCGUCGCCGGCGUCGUCGGGCUCGCGUACGUUCUGAUGUGCGUCUUCAAGCGCAAAGGAGGCGCUCCGCCCCUGUGGAAGACCGAGAGCGAUGUGGGAAUGAUGCGCAUGGGUAGCCAGCCCCAGGCGCCGCCGCAGUAUGAUGAUGUGGAUAUGGGCCACGGUGCGCCACCGCACUAUCCUCAACGGACGGUGGUGAAGUGA